AUGUCUCCGAGUCAAUUAUACUAUGCCAUAGCAUUGGAGAGAUCACCGACGACGAGCGAGAGCCCGGUAUGUCUCCAGCUCAUUCGGGGACUCGUUAACGUCCUCUCGGGCCAUGCCAUAUACUCAUGGGCUGCUAACAACUUGCCCGAAUCCUUGUCGAGAUUUCGGUCUUACCUCCUCCAUCCAAAAGCCGAGGAGAAGGGCUCUCGCGUCGAGCCCUCGAUGACCCGUCAGUACAGUUUCCAGGGCAAAAGGGACGAUGGGGACGACAACGAGGAGGAUGAUGAUAAUGAUGGUGGAGUGACCGUCUGCAGAGAAGAUGUGGAGGUGGUGAUGGGGAAGCUGGGGCUGUUCCACAGCCCCGAGAGCGGUGGCGGCCACGACGAGCUAAUCGGUUGGGACAGACCGAUGAGCUGCGUCGGGAUUUCGCGGGUGUUCAAGGAGGAAGAGGCGAGCAUGGAGGAAGUGAGGGAGGCCUUCUAUGUGUUUGAUGUGAAUAGGGACGGGUUCAUCGACGCCAAGGAGUUGCAGAGGGUCUUGUGCGUGUUGGGGUUUGAUGGAAGAGGUGGAGGAGGAGGGUUGGAGGAGGAGGAGUGCGAGAGGAUGAUCAGAGCGUUUGAUGAGAACGGGGACGGCAGGAUUGAUUUCCAGGAGUUUGUAAAGCUUAUGGAGAAGUGCUCUUGCUGA